CCUUCGCAGCUAAAUCCACAGCACUGUGUACCGACACUGGUGGACAACGGUUUUGCUUUGUGGGAGUCCCGUGCCAUCAUGUGCUAUCUGGUAGAGAAGUAUGGUAGCACAACGGACGAAUCCUUGUACCCAAGCGAUCCUCAGCGGCGAGCGAUCGUAAAUCAACGGCUGUACUUCGACAUGGGUACACUGUACCAGCGCUUUGGUGACUACUACUAUCCGCAGAUCUUCGAAGGUGCUCCGGCGAACGAAUCCAAUUAUGCAAAAAUUGGAGAAGCCUUAGCGUUUCUUGAAACUUUUCUCGAGGGUGAGCAGUUUGUUGCGAAAGGAAAAACCAUUUCACUGGCCGAUAUAAGUGUCUACGCAACACUUACCACGUUCGAGGUGGCUGGUUAUGAUUUCAGUGGGUAUAGUAAUGUCGUAAGGUGGUACAAAAGCGUGACUGCUUGUAUUCCCGGUGCGGAUACAAAUCGUACCUGGGCUGAAGCUGCAAGACCAUAUUUUGAUAAGGUUAAACAUUGAGCUGUAGGGAGCUGGAUAUGUCA